CUUUGCAGUAAGGGUUCUGCUAUAGACAACCCCAAGUCAUCUCCUGAAGAUAUUUCCAGUAUUGCCAGUUUUAUUGAGACAAAGCUUGUAAUUUGCUACUUAAAACUGAAGAAGCCUGAUGAUGCUCUGAAUCAUGCACACAGGAGCAUUAUCCUGAACCCAGCUUAUUUCCGGAAUCACCUGCGCCAAGCUGCUGUGUUUAGGCGCUUGCAGAGAUACGCUGAAGCUGCAAGGAGUGCCAUGAUUGCUGACUAUAUGUACUGGCUGACAGGAGGCACUGAGCAGCAUACAAGCAACCUCAUCAAACUGUAUUGGCAGGCUAUGAUUGAAGAAGCCAUCACUGCAGAGGUAUCUUUUUCGGUUAUGUACACACCACUUGUGACAGAAGUCAAGGCUGAGAAAAUAAACAAGAUAAAGAGCAUGUUUGCAAAAUACCACCCUGAUUACGUGGAGUACAUAUAUACAGAUCCUCAUGGAUAUCACAUCUUGCCACAGACAACUAAGUGGCCAUCUCAUCCUCCUCAGAAGUACUCACUGACUCUGGGUUUCAGAAACAAACAUAUUGGAAAAAUCUUGGAAAGGUGGUCAAGGAGAACACUGCCAAUCUUUCCAGACCGGAAAACACCUUUCAGUCCUCUCACAAAGCAAGAUGCAGAAAGAUAUUGGAAUAACACUGGGAAAAGGAUUGUGCCAGUAAUUGAUAUUAUAAGAAGCACCAAAUUAGUUGACGACCGCUGCCCGUGUGCACGUGGGAUAGAGAAGCUGCACUACGCCAGCCUCCUUGGCUGCCUGGAGAGAGCUGAGGAACAGUCCCAAGUGAUUAAUCAAGCGAUGGCUGAGCUAGCAACCGUUCCCUACCUGCAGGAUGUCAGUCAGCAGGAUGCCAAACUGCUGCAGUCACUAAUGGCAGAUGCCAUGGACACCCUUGAAGGAAGAAGAAGUAGUAAACGACGUGUGUGGAAUAAAAUUCAAAAGAUUGGACUCAUUGAAGACUAUUUAUAUGAAGCAGAAGACAAUUACUUAAAGAACAAAAGGCAGAGAAUAGCUAAGAUGGAAAAAAUGAAGAGGAUGCGAAGUACACUGCAAUAUUAUCCACUAGGAAGUAGUAGAUUGACCCUUACCAGCCCCAGAGAUAUGUCUACCCAGUAUUCAGGAAUGUUCACACUCUAUAUUUUUUCUAGAUAA